GUAAUAUGAGAUUUUUCGUAGUAAUAUUAAUGUGAACUAUUUUCAAAAUGUCAGCCUCCAUGAGGCAAGUGUCCUAUAUAUUAAAUGGAAGUCUGUUUUCUCAUUUAAAUGGAGACAUUGUUAGAGGUUUUUCUUCGACUUCUGUGAGACACAAAUCGAAAAGCUCAAGAUCAAAGAAUUUGGGAGGCAAAAGAAACACAGUCGGAAAGGCAUAUGGCAUCAAAAGGAAUGAUGGUUGCUUUGUCCACAAAGGGGAAAUCUUGGUGAAUCAAUGUGGAUUGAGAUUUUACCCAGGGGAAAAUGUCGAAACUGACAGAACAAACCGCCUGGUUGCCAUGGAAGAUGGGACAGUGGUCGUCUCAUGUGAAAAACUGAAUCCCUAUCCUCAGAGUCCUCUGUAUGGGGCGGUUCAGAAAGGGGUCACAAUUUACAAGAAGUUCUUUCAUGUUAUUCCAAUACCAUUAAAGGCAAAGUUUAAACUUGUGUCACAGACAUAAUAUAUGACUUGAUAUGUAUAUGAUAUUGUUUGUAAAUUGUAUUGAUGCUAAAUUAAUAAAUAAAGUUUUUUAAUCUGAA